GUCGCUCGCGCUUGCAUUGCUUUUCGAAGCUCGCGCGCGAUCGGUCGCACGCUCGCGAGGUACGUACAUGGUGCAGGCUCGUGAGACGUAGGCGCACACACGUGGUGAGAGGGAAAAGGAGAGAAGAUCCCUCCGGACCCGUUCCACGCUUUCUCUCUCUCUCUUUUUUCCUCUCGCGAUCGAUGUUAUCUCGCGACGAGGAUUCUUCUUGCGCGCGAGAAAGUGGCCGGCACCUCGAGAUCGAGAUCGAACCCGCGGAAAAGCGCGAGUGCAGUUUUCUCGGCGGUUUUAUCGAUUGGUACCCAUAGCUUCGAUUCGGCGAUUAUUAUGCUCGUUGAUCUGUGAGAUCUCGAACGCAAAGAAGAGACCGCGGGAAAAGGCGGAAGAGACUGCACGGAAGAGUUCAUUGGGCGAAGGAUUGAAGAAAGGGGGGUCACCGGAGAAAGAUGGGGCGAUUACUCAUGUGGAUGCACUUCUCGCUGUUAAUCGUGCUAUUAGCAUCGGUGCAGAAAACUACAGCAUGCAGCUGUGCACAGGCCCAUCCUCAAACCAAGUUUUGUGAAUCAGAUUUUGUCGUCGUGGUGAGGGUGAAAAAGGUUCUCCCCGUCAACGACUAUGAGAUCGCUUACAAGGUCAAGAUAAACAGGGUGUUCAAGUCGAACCCAAAUGCCGACAUGGCACUGAUGCAGAACCUUUUACGGACACCAUCCACGGACUCGAUGUGCGGAGUGACACUGAACGUCGGCGACACGUACGUUCUAAACGGAAGAAUCGUCUCGGGAAAAGCACUCAUAUCGAACUGCGGACUCUCGAUAAGAUGGGCCGAAACGACUACUAGGCAACGCAAGGGAUUGAGACAGCUCUAUCAACAGGGUUGUGUGUGUGAUAUUCUGUACACACACUGGAGGCGCAAGGGUGCCGUGCUAGAGUCCAGCGGCGGAAAAAAUUGUCUGUGGGAAAGUACACCAGGCCCUCAGGAUUGCCAAGAAAGAUAUGGCGUAUGCAUGGCGUCAUUCAGCGGCUGCUCCUGGGUUCCCUCAGUCCCGUACAAGAAUUGUAUUAAGGAGUAUCAGCGUAAACGCGAGCAGCAAAGGUCGCGAGAACCUUAGUUAGGCACUUUUGUGUUCCACUCGUGUCCUCGUGCGAUGGGAAGCGACAGAAUUUUUCGUUCGUAAAAUGAUGCGACGUGUCUGCCAGACAAUUUGAUGACGGACGCGCCGCAUAAUCAAAU